AUGAACAGCACCUUGAGAGAUGCCCAGGCCCCGAGCCACCGUGAGUGCCUCCUGCCUUCUGUGGCCCGGACCCCCUCUGUCACCCAGAUCACGCCAGCCAAGAAGAUAACCUUCCUCAAGCGAGGGGAUCCCCGGUUUGCUGGGGUUCGCUUGGCUGUUGACCAGCGCGCUUUCAAGAGCUUUGGCGCUCUGAUGGACGAGCUCUCUCAGCGCGUGCCUCUCUCCUUUGGGGUGCGCUCUGUCACUACGCCCCGGGGCCUGCAUGGCCUCAGUGCCCUGGAACAGCUGGAGGAUGGUGGCUACUACCUCUGCUCUGAUAAGAAGCCCCCCAAAACACCCAGUAGGCCAGGAUGGCCACAGGGAAGAAGUUCAUCCGCUCAGCAAUCAAGAGAUUUUGAAAGUCGGUGUGAGGCACCAGGAACAUCCUCUUCCUGCAAGGGUCCUAAGGCCCCAAGGAGGAUAGUGCUGGUUAAGAAUGGUGACCCUAGAUUCCAGCAGACAGUGGUUCUCAGCCAUAGAAAUACAAGGAACCUGAUGGCCUUUCUCAGCAAAGCUUCAGAUCUUUUGCAUUUUCCUGUGAAGCAGGUGUACACAACAAGUGGGAAAAAGGUGGACUCUCUGAAGGGUCUGCUCCACAGCCCCUCAGUGCUAGUAUGUGCUGGUUACGAGUCUUUCAAACCACUGGCAGUGGAAGAUGCCAGAAGAUAUGGGACUGAAACUUUAUCUGGGCAGACUUCAAGAAACAAAACCGGAGGCUGGGGGCCAAAGGCCAAGCAGAGUGUGAUCCAUUCAAGGUCCAGGUCAGGCAGCCGGCCACGGCAGUGCUCCUUGCUGUCAGAGAGGUCUGGUCUCAGCGACGCCCCGGGAUCCCUGCAUUGCGCCCAGACGGGCCCUGCUCCUGACGGACACCCUCAGGAUGUGCCUGCCCACCCUGGCCCAUUGGUGGCCAGUGACGAUGUUGAGAAGAAGGUCCGCAUGAAUGAGGAUGGCAGCCUAUCUGUAGAGAUGAAAGUCCGCUUCCACCUACUUGGCAAGGAUGCAGUCCUGUGGUCCAGGAGGGUGGGGAGGGCCAGUGCCCUCCCGGCAGCCAGUGAGGGGGUCCCUGUCCUGGGGGAGGUGGACUCCCUCCACUGUGUGUGGGAGGGCCACCUUGGGGGCUCCUCAGAGCCUGGGGCACAGGGACUGGGGCCCUGUGGGGCAGGAGGAUGUGAGGAAGCCUUGGGCCGAAGCCGGUGGCAGCCAGGGUCCAGGUAUGAAAUCUGGAUGAACCCCCUGUACUCUACCCAGGGAGAUGGGACAGACUCUCGGAGGAGAUCCAGGCUGACCCAACACUCCCAUUCCCGGAGGCCCUGUAGCCAAAGGUUCACCAGCAGGAAAAGAAGCAGCAAGGACAGUGUCAGCCCUGCCUCUAGUGACAGAUGCCCCAGAGACUCUGAGCCAAACUCCUCAUGCUGCUCCAGGUCUCCGGGGAGCAGCAUGGGCAGCUGUGACCUACAGUCAGCCUCUGGGGCUAUCUCUCAGAGAGGAGCAGGGUGGGAAGGGGGUGACCCAUCGGGGACGAGUGAGAGCCCAGGUCCACAGGGAGCAGGGCAGGGCAGCAGGGAGUGCCACAGCCGCCUGAAGGCCCAGACCCAAGGCACAGCUGGUGCUCUUUCUGACUCCUCAGGAAGUGCUGGGUCUCAUGAGGAGUCUAGUGAAAGGGGUGAGCAACCCCAGGGCUGCCCAAGCAAGACAAGGGCUGUGAGUACUUCCCGGCCAAAGAUCACCCAGAGGGAAGGUCUCAGUCCUCCCACAGUGAGUCCCUUGUUUUUGAGGGAUGAGGACUCACAGGAAGAGGAGAGUGGACAGGGUACCAGGCACUCUCAGGCUAAGGAUAGGUCUGGGAUGAGAUGGCGCCUGGCUCUACGUCAUUUUGGCUCUAGGGACAUUGCAGGAAGCUGUUCUCCAGUCCCAGGCAGGAGAAGAAAGCAGAAGGGCCGAGCCAGUGCUAUGUCCUUACCCAGCCAAGGGGCUCAGACAGGCCACCCCAGGCAUCACCGCCCACUUGACUCACCUGUGCCCAAGAAAAUGCCUGGACCUCCCAGCAGAGCCAGGGCCUGCCCAGAUGGCCCAGCACCACACCUUUCUGAAAGCUCACCUAGUGCCAGGAACCGGGCCUCUCAGGACACAGGGCCAUCCUCCUCUGCCUCUCUUCAUUCCCAGUAUGCUCUCAUUACCCCUGUGAGCAAUUCUGAAUGUGCUUCCAAUUUCUACCCCCCAUAUUCCCUCUCUGCUGAGACUGAAGGGGACCCUAAACUCAGGGCAAGCUCACCAGCUCCCACACCUUCCAACACAUCAGACUCUUUGGGCAACCAAGCUGAUGGGCUGGACAAAAAGCCAGGGGGCGACAUUCCCAAGCCUUCCUGGCCUUUAGAUCCGCCAGGUGGACAGCCUGAGGGAGGGAUGCCAGGAGCCCACCGAGGCUGCAGCUGCUCACCCAUCAGCACAUCCAUGUUCCACGGGACCCCCAGUGAUGAGACUCAUGCCCCGCAGACCUCCCAGCCAUUAGGCAGCCAGGGAGUCUUCUCUGAGGUCUGCUUAGAAUGCAGCAGAUACUGUCCCACUCCCCCAAGGACAUGGCCUUUUGUCAAGAAACACGCUUAUUGCAGCAGCAGCUCCAGUGCUGACUGCGGGCCAGGUCGGGGGGAGCUGGGGGAGGGAAAACUUGAUAUGUGGCGCCCACAGCCCCCCGCCUGUCAGCCAGGGGCCAUGGGGAAAGCAGUCAAAGCCUCGAGAAGGGGCAGCUCCAGCUGUGGUCCCAGGUCUGGGAGAGUAUUCCAGAAGAAAGUUGCUGGUGGAGGGAAAAGCCUGGAGGAGGAAGAGAAAGAUGGCAGAAAGAUGCUGCGUGCUCUGCCCCGAGCCUCACCAGACACUGUGGUCCGUGAAUGGUUGAGCAACAUCCCAGAGGAGCCCAUACCCAUGAAAUGUGAAAUGGUGGGUGACAGCACAGAUGUGGCAGGGGAUGACCCAGAAGGCCCCAAGGAGGAUCCCGUUGGCCGACAUUCCCCAGAAUGUCUAGGGGAGCCAACCCAGGUCAGACAACUGUUGCACGAAGGUGCUGCCAGCGAGAAAGCAGAACCAGAUGGAGCCCUCCCAGUGCCUGGUGAUGCUCAUUCCAAGUCAGGAGAAGGUCUUCCUUGUAGCGGAAUUUCACAAGACCCCAGGGAGGCUGGAUCAGGCAAAGGGAUGGCUGUGGACCGUGGUGUGGGCCAGUGCCUGCUUCCCCACAAGCUCUCUGCCUCCAUACAGGUCAUGAAGGCACUGAUAGGCUCCAAGCAGGGCCGGCCCAGCAGCCUCCCUGAAGUGUCCAGUGCAGUGGGCAGGAGGCUCAGCCGAUCUGCCCAGGCCCUUAUCACCUGUCUUGCUGGGCUCCACUUCUUUGAUGAAGACCUUGGGUCUCCCACUGGCCAAGUGAGGUUCAUAGACUCUCCUCGGUACCAGGAGCUCUUGAGCAUCUUCCAGGCUCUGUGGCCAGCGUGUGGACUCAGGCGAGGUGAGGUGGACUCAGGCCUCUGGGAGCUGGGCCGGUGCCAGGCUCUGCCAGGCCUCAGGUCCCACGUCAUGACUGAGGACCUCACACCAACGUCCUCAUCUGGUGUGGAUGUCGGCAGUGGCUCUGGAGGCUCAGGGGAGGGCAGUGGACCCUGUGCUAUGGACUGUGCCAUGGUCCCUGAGAGGAUAACACUGCCCUUGAAGAUCCCCUCCCUGAGACAAGAUUCUAGAACCUCUGAGAACCGAGAGGAUCCGGGAAACCAAGAGCCAAGUGGUUCCACAGCCUCUUCAAACUCCCAAGCAUGGGCUUGUGCCACCAGAAAAGAUGAGGCAGAAAGAAACAGUGGACAGCAGGUGCUAGGCAGUAACCUGGACCCAGUAGUUGACAACACAAUGCAAGAAGAAGAGGUACAAGUAGAGAAGAAAGUCAGAGAAGAAAAAGAAAUAGCAGAACUGCAAGGAGAGGGUGUCCCAGGAUUUCCAGAAGAGGAAACAGUCAUGGGACAAGAAUUGUCAGAGGCCAACUCUCAGGCUGGGGAAGGUGCACCAGAAGAUAAGAGUGUGCAGGAAGAGGAAGCAGGAGACCCUGCCUCCCCCAUACUUUGCCCUCCAGGGAGGAAAGAGAAACCCACAGAGCCACCUAGGAGCCUCAGCGAGGGGCAUCCAAAUGCCAGUGAAACUGAGAGUGACCCCAAAGUUGAGCCUGGUUUGGAGAAGCUGCCCAAAGCAGCUGAGACAUGCCAUGAGCAAAGCCAGGUCAAAUGCACCCAGGGGCCUGGGGAGAAGAGCUCUUCUGCGGUCCGUAGGGUGUCUCUGGACCCCGACCCCCUCUGGGUGUCCAGGUUGCUGAAGAAGAUGGAGAAGGCCUUCAUGGCCCACCUUGCCAGCGCCACGGCUGAGCUCCGAGCCCGCUGGAGCCUACAGAACAAUAUCCUGCUGGACCAGAUGGUAGCAGAGUUGCAUCAAGACCUGGGCCGGCGGCUCGAAGAUAGCAUCGAGAAAGAGCUCCGGAAGGUCCAGAGCCGGGCAGGGGGCAAGAUGCAGGGGCCGGCCAGGGAGGGCCUCAGGUGGGAGAUGUCCCUGCAGACAGAGCAGCGCAGGCGCCGCCUCCAGGACCUGCGCCGCCUCUCGGCCUUCUCCAGGCAGGCUCGAAGCCAGGGGCCGCUGGCCCUCCCCACGGAGGAUAUGCCAACCCUCAGUGGAGCCCUGGGGGCCUGGCAGGUUGGGGAGGCUGAGGAGGAGGAGUUUUGUCCCUGUGAGGCCUGCAUGAGGAAAAAAGUGAUCCCCACGUCUCCAAAGGACACAAUGGAGGCAUCCAGGGCACCCAUCAAAAAGGCCUUCGACCUGCAGCACAUUCUACAGAAGAAGAAAGGGGGAUGCAUUAGUGGGGAGGCCAAAGAGGCAGCCCCUGAGAAGAGAGGGAUGGAGCCGCUUCAGGGGGACCCCUUCGGGACAGGGACUGUCCAGGAGUCUGAUAGAGGCCUGGAGCUGGGGUUAGACCAGGACUCUGGGACAGAGGAGGGGGGUGAGGGUGAGAGCAGUCAGACCCUUGGCAGAGAGGGAGACCCCAGGAGUGGAGAGGGGGAGGCAUCUGUUCAGAAGAGAGAAGGGAGCACAGGUGGGCCAGGCAGCAUCCCAGAGGGAGCAGGUGGGGAGGAGCUGAGCUCUGGGGGGAAGGAAGAAAACACAGAGGAGGGCUCUGGGGCUGAAGGCAGUUUGGAAGGUGAAGACUCAGGAGGAGGUAACCGAAGCCCAGGAGAUCAGAACGAUGGUGACAAAAGUGAAGAGAUCCAGGAAGCUGAAGGCGAGGAGGGGCAGCCAGAGUCAGGGGGAGGAAGGGGAGAAGGAGAAGAGGAGAAAGAAGGUAGCCCUCAGGUCGACUGGGGCCAGGGCCAGCCAGGUGAGACUUCUGGAAACAGCAGCCCAGACCCAGAGGGGAAGCCAGCGCUGCCCCCUACCACAGGUGCAGACAGCCCCUGCCCAAGGGCAGGCUGGAAAGCAGGCCUUGCCUCCUCCAGCGUGGCGUCUCUGGGAAACUGCUCUCAGCUCUCCCAGAAAGGUUCGGAAGAAAAGCCCUUGAACGGAGACAUGAGGAGCAUCGAAGAGGAGUCCGAGGAAAUCCCUGGUCCAGAGAGAACAGGCACAGGCAUGUAUCCAGAAAGCUCCACUUCUGAAAAAGAAGGGGCCCCCUCGGGCCCGAGGACUCCAGAGCAGGAGGCAGGCAAGGCCUCUGGCCUAGAAGCUGAGAAGGUAGUUAAAACUCUUGCUUUCACAGAAAUGGGGUUUCAAAACCUCCCCGUGGACCGGACAGAUGGCUUUGGCCAAGAUGACUUAGAUUUCUAGAGACCCAGCUGCAAGGCUGGUCAUGAGUCUGUUUUUAUUAAUAUUUUGUCCACGGACCUGAGCGUGGCUCGGUCCCCUGGAGGUGUACUAAGAACAUGGAGAAAGAUCAGGACUUGCCAAGGACACAGCCUCACCACGCUGUCCCUGGCUUCUGAAUUCUGCAGCUGGCCAAUCCCAUGCACGGUGUGACGGAGGGUUAUGUCAGAUCUGCCCUGUUAUCUGAGGUCAGCUGGACCCCUCCAUUUUCCUGCUGAGCCCAGAAGGAUGGAACUGACUGGAAGUGUUCCAGGAGAGUUUUUGUUUGUGUGUUUUAUUUAUUUAUUUAUUUAUUUAUUUUGCUCUCAUUCUUUUGCCUAUUGAUCUGCAGUUAUUUUUCUCCUUGGCCUCUCUUGGCAUUCACCUCGUUCGACUUUGAGGUGCUUUUUUCUAGUCUUGAAUAUAUUUGGUGACUCUGCAGAUGUGAAUACUUAGAAGAAAUGGAUAAAUUCAGGGGUCAUUGGAUAAAAUUUUUUCUCAGCCCAAAAGUCCAUGUAGAUUUCCUUUAUUCAUGCAUAUAUGCAUGAAUAUACGUAUUGGCAAUGGAAAAAAUUGGGAAAGGAAAGAAAAAGGAUGAAGAAGGAAAAUUAUCACCCGUGGUCCCAUCACUCAGAGAUGACAAAUGUUAGCAGUUGGGUAUAAUUCCUUUGCAUUUUUUUCCUAAUGAUUUAAUAGUUGAGCAAACCUUUAUACACUUUUUUUUUGAUUUAGCAAUAUAAGAAUUUGCCCGAUUUAUCUCAAAAUCUUCAUAAAACUAUUUUUUUCAUAAAACUAUUUUUGAUGCCUGAAUAAUUUAUUAUGCAGAUUUUACCUCUUCAUUUCCCUAGUGUGGACCAUUUAGAUGGGUUUCAUUAUUUUAUUUUAUUUUUCUUAACAUUUUUCUGCAUGGACUGCAGAUGAUUUCCCUAGAAUAGAUUCCCAGGCUUGGAAUUACUUAGCCAAAAAUAUCAGCUUUUUUAGGCUUUUGAUAUCAUGCUGCCAAAUUGCUUUUCUAAAGGUCUGUACUAAUUUACAUCACCUGGCCCACCACACGCUCAUCAGUGUUUGGUAUAACCAUUAAAAAUGAGAAAUCUUUUACUAAUUUUAUGGGCAAAAAAUAGUACCUGAUUUUAAUGAGGUACUAUUUUUGAUAUAUUUGAUUGCUAGUGAGAUUAAAGAGAUUUCUACAUUUAUUAAAAAUAUAUUUGCAUAUAAAUUUU